AGAACCUCACCAACCUUCCUCAUCAACCCGGACCCUGGGCUGGCUUCUUCUAGCUGCCCCUCCUCGUCUCCGACUGAUUAUAUUCUUCUUCCUUCUUCCUCGUUUCUUCUCCAAGCAAGUUUGUAUCUAUCAAAACAUCUACACGAGCCGUCGCAAAGCCAUUACUCGGACAACCAGAUUACGUUCAAGUAUCCAUAUUACAGCGUGUUAGCUUUAGCUUACACUGGGACCAAUUCACCAAGCACAAUCACUCACUGUGCUUGACUGAUCCCAGUCACCUCAGAUUGCGCCGCCACUAGGUUAUUACUGCGCAACAUCUUUUGGUUCGACUUGCAAAAGAUCUACCUUGACGCCACUGCCGCCCCACGACCACAAUUAUCCUACCGUGCUCAUCUCCCCGAUCUAUUCUUCUCCUGACUCUGUCCGGCACCUUCAACUGUCUGAGCGAUUUUGAUAAUACUUGAGAAAGCAUCUCCGCGAAAGAAAAAGAACAGAAAAUAACCCCACGUCCAUCGAGCGAGCACUUACAAGCGCCCCUCUUCCCCCACUUCAUCUCGACAUCAUUUCUUACCGACGCCCAAAAGAACCCAGAAGCUGUCGCAUCCGACAUUACGAUAAACCCAUUGACGAUUUCACGACUCUGAUCAUUUACGACCUGGCGACACAGACGCCAGAUACAUCUCGACUUGUCCCUAGAAUACAGAUCCUGCACUGUCGCGCACAGGCAGAUUUGACGAAUACACCACAAUGAACGGCACACAAUCCCCCGACGCCCAAAAGGCAUCAAAUGCCAACACCAACGGUAGCAACAGCAACAAUAGCAGUCUUGCGGCCAAGAAGCGCAAGAAGGACUUGAAGCCGAUAAUUACUAUGGAGGGUACAAACCAACCAGCUGGGUAUGUAUAAAAACGCUUCUUUUCUGGUCUUUUGAGUUCUGGUCGCAUUUUGUUUUGGUUAUCUAUACAUACAGCUUCGCAUUCUUUCUCCGUGUUUUGUUUUGUUGCAACCGCAUCGCCCUACACAACCUUGAUUUUGGGGAACUUCUUGGUUGCACAUUGCUAUGACAUUCACCUCGAGACCGCUGGUUUUAUGGAUCGCCUGGCACCAUCCCAAAAUCUCCAAGGCGCCGCUGGUCCGAUGUCGCCAACGACCCUGAUACAACCCAACUGCUCUAGCUACAUUUCAGAUUGCUGCGGUUAUGAGACCAGAUCCACAACUUCCAUGUGCCUGUUUAUGAAGGAAACAGAUAAUGGUUUCAGGAAAGAUCAAGCAUCAUUCCAUUCAUAUCGCCAAAAUGGACACUCAACAAAUAUGGCGCGGCAUUGCAUCACCUACAGAACCAUUGAGGGCAGAUUGAAACAAGUGUGGACACUGCUCACAGUGGCUGUUCUGGAGCUUGGGGCCCGCGUGCUUGGGCGUUGAUAGGAGGAUACGACCCCAUAAGUCUUGGGCAUUCAUCAACCUUGGAUUACUCGAUCGAUCACUGGGUCCUCUGUACCUGAUUUUGGUCUGCCCUGGAGGUGGUGCAGUCAGUCACUUGCCCAUGGCACCUCUGAUUGUGCCUGAAGCUUCUGUUGGCUGAUGCAUGUGGAGGAGGAUGAGAACGUGAUGGUGAUGGUUGUGCUCAUGCUGUCUGAUGCGAUACCACCUGACUGAGUUGUCCUCCCUUUGCCAUCACUUUGCAUUCUCUAUUGUCGCUCCCUUUCUUUGGACCUCGCUUGGCGAGCUGGAUAUUCGAGCCUUGAGCUCUCAAAGACCCUUUAUUCGCCGGGCGGGACGCUCCGUGUUGCGCCGCGUGCCAGCCAUCCCAUGGUCUCUAGCAGGGCCCUAGAAACAGAAAGCCAAGCGACUGCAGAUCCGCAAGAACGCUGAGCCCAGAGUCAAGAAAAGCGAAGCAAAUCAAAACCAAAGACAAGGAGCACGCCCCCGAGGCCAGUCGACCUCUAAUCUCCAUUAAUUUCUCCCUCGACUUGGCCUCGCCUGUUUUUAUAUUAUUUUCUCCUUUCUCCUGUUUUUGGCUUUCACUCGGGCCUUUAUGCGCCCCAGCUUGCAGUCAACCUCAACCGUUACCAUCGUGCACCAGAAGUCUUUGUCAUCUUCGUCAUUUUCGCCAGAUCCUUGUUCUCUCCAUCACCUUUCCUUAUCCCCCGCUCAUAAACCGCCACGCCGCUCACCGGCUUAUCUGUCGCGCGCUGCUCCCACGAUUGUCACUAUUUUCACUACGUGAUUGACUUGAGCUGGUGCCCCCGAAGUUCAGGAGCAGAGAAGGACAAAGAAGCAGACUCAACGCCCGACUUAUUACCAGCGCAAGCUGCGUCAUGUGAAGGCACCAUGACCAGCUUUCUCAAAUCAAGGUUACACUUCCCCGUCCCGUUUAUGCUUUGUCGGUAGCGGUUUGGCGCCCUAGCUUAGGCGUGUGUUUCACCGCUGUCAGUCAAUUCAGUGCCCGAGUCUUUUUGGUACCGAAAUCUUCAACUGGAAGCGCCAGUGAAAGACUUGACUCGUUGCUACGUUAUCGUCUGGAUGAUGUUUUGAUGUUUCCCCGCCAUUUCACUACACCCAAACCCAAUCCGGCAAAGGUCCCCCACCACGCGCAAGGCCUCAGCUCUUUCGCCGCCGUCGCUCUCCCACCAAAUCUUGCGACCGUGGUUGUUUGAUCUGAUUGCAUUGGCUCCGCCUCAAUUCUUGUUCAUCAUCUACACGUCGCCUUGUUGCGCUGAUUUUUGCCGCAUCUCUACAUAUAUUUUAAGCCACCGCUGACCUCUUUCCCCCCUUAUAGAUCCCACCAGCUUUCCGCCAUGGCCCACUCCCCCUCUUCCUCGUCCGUCGACGAUGCCGCCGAAAAUACUGCAGAUGAGGAGGAUUCUGAAGAUUACUGCAAAGGUGGCUACCACCCAGUACAAGUCGGAGAGAAGUUCAAGGAUGGAAAAUACACCGUGGUUCGCAAGCUAGGAUGGGGUCAUUUCUCAACCGUCUGGCUGUCCCGCGACAAUACCAACGGCAAGCAUGUCGCCCUCAAGGUCGUCCGCUCCGCCGCCCACUACACCGAGACCGCCAUCGAUGAGAUCAAGCUGCUCAACAAGAUUGUCCAAGCCAAGCCCGACCACCCUGGUCGCAAGCAUGUCGUGAGUCUUUUGGACUCGUUCGAGCACAAGGGACCCCACGGCACCCACGUCUGUAUGGUUUUCGAGGUGCUGGGAGAGAAUUUGCUUGGGCUCAUAAAGCGCUGGAAUCACCGUGGCAUUCCCAUGCCUCUCGUCAAACAAAUUACAAAGCAGGUUCUACUAGGCCUGGACUACCUCCAUCGCGAAUGCGGUAUCAUCCACACCGACCUCAAACCAGAAAACGUCCUUAUCGAGAUUGGGGAUGUUGAACAGAUCGUUAAGCGCGUCGUCAAACCUGAAUCUGCCGAAAAGGAGAACAACCGCAAUGGACGGCGGCGCCGAAGGACUCUUAUUACUGGCAGUCAACCACUGCCAUCUCCUCUCAAUACCAGCUUCAACCAGUCGAACCUUUUCCCCUCACCGAACACCCACUCUAGUCUUGCUGGUGUCCUGAACGAGGCAGGCAAGUCAUCAAAGGAGGCAUCUCCCAAACCAUCCGACGAUGCCCAAAAGCAGCGAGAAAAGUCUGCCGACCUUCUCAGUCGAGAAGUCUCAGGCAUCUCUCUAGACAAGUCAAACUCUCCCUCUGCUUCAACAGGCGAAAAGCGCAAGGCAGAAGAUGCGCACGCUUUCGACGUUAUCAGCGUCAAGAUUGCAGACCUGGGCAAUGCCUGCUGGGUCAAUCAUCACUUUACCAACGACAUCCAGACAAGACAAUAUAGAUCACCCGAGGUCAUUUUGGGUUCCAAAUGGGGUGCCAGCACUGAUGUAUGGAGUAUGGCAGCUAUGGUUUUUGAGUUAAUCACAGGUGAUUACUUGUUUGACCCCCAGUCAGGUACCAAGUACGGAAAGGACGAUGAUCACAUUGCUCAAAUCAUCGAGCUUCUUGGGCCAUUCCCCAAAUCUCUAUGUCUCAGUGGCAAGUGGAGUCAGGAGAUCUUCAACCGAAAGGGAGAAUUGCGAAACAUCCACCGACUGCGGCAUUGGGCUCUACCAGAUGUGCUACGCGAGAAGUAUCACUUCAAGGAAGACGAAGCAAAGCGUAUCGCAGACUUCUUGACCCCAAUGUUGGAGUUAGUACCUGAGAAACGAGCCAAUGCUGGCGGUAUGGCAGGUCACGUCUGGUUGGAGGAUACACCUGGCAUGAAGGGGUUGAAGAUUGAGGGCCUGGAAGUCGGUGGCCGCGGUGAAGGCAUCGACGGCUGGGCGACGGAAGUGAGGAAGAGAUAAAUUGAUUAUAGACGCUUCGGGCAUGUCGAAUACAGAGAAACAAGCGAAACACAAGUCGACAGCCCACGGCAACCCACAUGACUGACGCAUGUGGGAUUGACUGGUCUUUUUUUUUAUUGUUUUUGAUGAUCCACACGAACGGCUUGCGGUGCUACAUUACACUUGUACAUCUUGACGACCUGGAACAGCGGCAUCUUAUCAAGCGAGCCGACUACGAUGAUGUAUGUAGGCGAGGGGGAAAGCACAUGCAAGGGGUAAAAGAUUCAACGACUUGUCCGAUGUCUUAGCGCUCUUUGGUCUAGAUCAUGAUGAAUCUUGGGUGCUAUGCAUGGCUAGGCUUUACAGUAUUACAUGGAAGACUUAACAGAAGCGUUUGUUGGAACUACUUUGGUCAGAAGACUGUAUAGCUGAAAAUGAUAGACUUGACUUGUUUUACAGCGAUGAUAUGAGAUUGUGGCGUGAUGGUUUGUUGAGAGGUGAGAGUUGAGAGCUUGAGUUGGAUGGCAGAGGUUACGUUUAUGACGUCUGUAGCGAAGAUGGUAUGCUGUUCGCAGCAUGUGAUGGCAGUAUAGGUUAUGUUGUUAUCGUCUCACGGAUGUUAAGGACACAACUCAAGUGGGCGAUGAGAUGGGAUGGGAUGAAAGAUAUGGGCAAUUGAGGGUAUGGCCUUCAUGGUGUCGGCCCUCACACAGCCAACGUUCUCUACGGUUGUCCAAAGAUUCAAAGGUCCUGUAGUUCAUGGCGAUACAGAGUCCCUUAUCAUUACCAAUGUUGUUCGGAGGAUGACUGCUCUCAACAACUCCUAAUUGAGGAACUCUUGCAGAUGAACGUCAUGCACACGCCGGUCUCUGGCCAGUAACAUCCGCAGGGGACAGGAGAGCGUAUCGGGAAACUAAAAUAUCUUAUGGUUUCCUCAACGAGAACUAUACGUAGCGACCAAAGAUUCAUGACCCAAUGCUCUCCUUGACAGACUAGUCCAGGGUGAGCAAGUUCCAAAGUAUUUGCAUUAUUAAACAAACCCAAAC